AUGUCGUCGCAUCUGAUAUCUUCUUCCAACUCUCCGGUAACGCGCCUCCUCAAUCUGCGCCCCCAAACCGCCUUCCUCCUACAAUGCGAGCGCUAUUCCACCAAAACUACGAUGCCCGGCGCCAGCCAGAAGCCGUCCAAGACCAAGGCCCAGAAACCCUCCGCGCCGCCGUCGACGACCUUCUCGCAGAGGAUCCGGAAGCAGACGGAGGCGCUGACCGGCGUGUGGCCCAAGCCGGGCGAGAUGCCGUACCAGGCGAAAGUCACCAACUUUGUGAACCUGAUCGGCCGGGUCGGGCUCCCCAUCCGGUUCGAGUCAGACGCCGAAGGAAAGCAUCUCGCCGCCACCGUGAUUUCUCUUCUGAACGGAGGCGCGAGGACCCCCCUGACGAUCCCCGUCGUGUUCGAGGGCGUCCUGGCCCACUCUGUGUCGUGCCACGUCCGCGAGAAUGACCUUGUUUUCGUGUCGGGCCACCUGAGCGUGGAUCCCACGGGGGUGCUCCCUGGCGAGAGCCUGGGGAAAUUUCACGUCGUGGCUGAGAAUAUCAACUUCGUUGAGGGGUUUAAGGGUAGUAGUAGUUCAUCUGAGAUGGAAAUUGGUGAGUUCAGUGUGAAUGAGGCUAAAGUGUAUGAUGAAAUUUCCGAAAGAGUGGAUAAUGAUGUUGAUGAUGAUGGUAAUGAUAAUAAGAAUGAGGAUAUCGAGCAGCCCCCAAAGCCUACAGCAAAUUUGGAAAGUGCAGAUGGUGGUGAGUCGGGUCUAAAAAAGGGUGAUGGGAAGAAAAAAGAGGCAGAUAAAAGCAUGGAGCUUUGGAGGGAUCUCGUGAAGAACCCACUGCAAUGGUAUGAUUAUCGCGAGCAAAAGAAAAACAGGUCGGUAAAAGAAAAGCAUCCGGAUUUCAAGCAGAAGGUGACCGGAGAAGCUCUCUGGAUUAGCUCUGCUCCCAAGUGGAUCCUGCCCGGGCUCGGAAAAUUGGAGUUUGACGUGAUAAAGCCGAAGAAUGUGAAGGAUAGCUCGAUUGAUGAUUCUUGGAAGGAUGUGGUUGAAAAUCCCGACAAUUGGUGGGAUUGUAGGGCCAACAAGAAAAACCCUAAAGCACCAGAUUUUAAGCAUAAGAAAACAGGUGAUGCUUUGUGGUUGAACAGGGCUCCCGGUUGGGUUCCGUCUAAGCUUCCGCCUGUAAGAGAUUAG